AUGUUCCAUUCCUGUCCUUCCUAUGGAUGUCUGCAGUCGUUGGAAUCAACGCCCACCAGCACGUCGGGGAUGACACUGAAAUCCCAAGCCAGAGAAAUCAGACCGCCUGCCUACGAGGGACCAUCUCUCGACGACGCACAAUUCCGAAGCAACUCACCCCUGACCGUUGCGUUCGACGAUGAGACCGACCACGCGUUCGAGGACAUUGACAUGUCUAGUUCUUGGGAUGAACAACUAGCGUGGCUUCAAAUACCUCUCAAGGGAGGAUGUUGUAUGGACGAUUCCAGCAGACACCACCAACAUCAACAACAACAAUCACGAAAGAAACGCCGCGUCCACUUUCUUCCAUCGGUGGAGGUCACACUGAUUCCAUCCCACAGAGACUAUUCCGAUGCCACCAAGCAACAACUGUGGGCGUCUACCGAAGAGAUCCGCAUCAAUGCCGUCAAGGCUCAAAUGGAAAUGUGCCUGUAUGAACAUGUCUACCCCGAUGAGAGCGAGAGUGGGCACGAUGACGACUUUCUACAGGAGCCUGAACACCAAUUUGUUCCAUUGCAACGCAUGCAAAAGGCCAGAUAA